AUGCCUGCGAGAAUCCGAGUCCAGCGCAAUAAUGAAGAAAUUCAUGGACGCCGCGACACAGACCCACUUGUCCCAAAAAGACAACCCGGCUCGAGUCCCAGCGAAGCAGGGUUUGAAGAGGCAUUCUUCGACUGGAAGGGGCUUUUGAUCUGGAAACGACCAUGGACAUGGCGCAGAAUAGUAACUUGCGUUUGCCUUGUCGCCACCAUCGUCCUGGUUUCCCUUUUUGUGGUCUUCCAUGAUCGGAUAGUGCACGCUUUACAGCCUACAGUGGAGAAGAUUCAUGACUUGAAAUUCGGAUGGCUCAUCCCAAUUGCGAUGUUCUUUGUAAUAUCAUUCCCUCCAUUAUUUGGCCACGAGAUAUUGGCCGUCCUCUGCGGGCUUGUUUGGGGCGCUAUGAUUGGUUUUGCCAUCACCGCAACUGGCACUUUCAUAGGUGAAGUCGCCAACUUCUACACUUUCAAACAUUUCUGCCAAGCUCGCGGAGAUAAGUUGCAAAAAGACAGUGUCAUGUAUGCCGCCCUGUGCAAGGUGAUCCGUGAACGCGGUUUCAAAGUCGCGUUGGUCGCGCGUUACAGUGCUAUUCCAGGGCACCUGACGACAGCCAUGUUCUCAGUGUGUGGAAUGGGGAUAUCUACAUUCAUGCUGGCGGCUGUGCUCUCUCUUCCAAAACAAUUCAUUACUGUUUACAUUGGUGCAAUGCUUGAGAGUGACCCAAACUCAUCUACCAAUUCCACUAGGAAGAUUAUUGCUGAUGUAGUUGGUGUUAUCACACUUCUGGUGACUGUUGUUGCAAUGUGGUAUAUCAACGAAGCAGUACGCAAAGUGAAGCCACGAGUCAUACAGGAGCGUCAAAAGUCCUGGUCAGUGCCUCUUCAUACAAAGAGGCGCUUGACCACUCACGACUUCACCUUGCAGCUAUCAUGA